AUGGAAAAGGUGGUUCUGCCCAACGGUGAAGAGCGUGAGAUCGAAAUCAAGAACGCGCUAUAUGUUCCAAGUAUGAGCAAGAACCUGCUCUCGGUACCACAGAUUAACAGCCAUGGCAAGUUUCAAGUCGUGUUUGACGGGUCCAAGAUGUAUGUGACUCUCAAGAGCUCACAGCAAGUGGUGGCGACAGCGGAUCUCGUGGAUGGACUCUACUGGCUUCGGACGACUCAACGAUCAGCGAAUGUGACAACAAGUGGAACCAGUUGUGCCGAUCUACAUGCGAGAAUGGGUCAUGCUCCAGUCGAUGUACUUCGCAAGAUGAUCGCGACCAACAUGAUCAAGGAUGUGCGAGUCCCUCUCAAGUCGGGUGGAGCAACUACAUGUCGAGGAUGUCAACAAGGGAAAAUGGUCCAAAAACCAUUUCCAAGUAACCGAGACAAGCGCAGCUACGAUACGUUUGAGCUACUUCAUCUGGACAUCUGCGGGCCCAUGGAAAAGGAUUCGCUCGGUGGCAGCAAAUAUUUGCUGCUGAUCAUCGACGAAGCCAGUGGAUGCAUGAAGGGCUUUUGUCUACGAGUGAAGUCCGAGAGUGAAGACUACAUCCGGAAAUAUAUCACCAUGGUACAGACGCAAUUCUGUAAGAAGGUCAAGUUCGUGCGACACGACGGAGCUCGCGAGUUUGCAACCAACUCGCUUCAACUGUUCUACGAAGACGAAGGCAUUGAACAGCAGACAACGGUGCCGUAUGCACAUCAAACAAACGGAACAGCAGAGCGUGCCAUUAGGACUAUUGUCACGAUCGGCCGCAGCAUGCUUCAUCAUGCCAAACUGGACAAGUGUUUCUGGGCCGAAGCAGCGAUGACGGCCAUCUACGUCAAGAAUCGACUGCCGUCACCUAAAGUCGUGCACAAGACCCCGUUUGAGAUCGUCUACAACUUGAAACCAAGCGUCAAGCACAUGCGAACAUUCGGGUGUCAGACAUACAUACUGACGCCUAAAGAGAAUCGACUCAAGUGGGAUCCAAAGGCUCGCGCUGGCAUAUUCGUGGUCUACGAAGAAGUUUCGAAGGCAUAUCGUGUUUAUGACAUCGAGGCGGGGCAGGUGGUUAUCAGCCGCGAUGUCAACUUCGACGAGUCCACCUUUGGACUUCAACUGCCGAUCACUGAUGAAGAUGUCGAUGACCUGGACUUCGAAUUGCUGGAUCUUGAUGACGAAGAGCUGCGUCAAAUGGAGUACAAGCAAACAGGCAAGCGCAAGAACCGACUCAAUGAUGAAGAUACAGCAGCUCCACGACCGCGUGCAGUGCGUCAACGACCAGGACUAGAAGAGUCAAGCGCGCCGGAAAACAACUCGUCACGACAAGAAGAAGACGAAGAAACGAAGGAUUCUGGUGAUUCAACACCGCCUGUGUUUUGGCGUGCGAGUGCAAAUGCCGUUGAAGCAGCAGUGGACUUAUCAGAACCCUCAACAUUUGAAGCAGCAGUAAGCGGCCCUGACCAAGUGCACUGGAGAAAAGCAAUUCAUGCAGAGCUCGAGUCAAUGCGACUUCGCGGUGUGUUUCGUGCAGCCAAGCUGCCCAACGGACAACGCGCCAUUGGCACAAAAUGGGUGUUCAAGAUCAAGCGCAAGGCGGAUGGAUCUAUCGAGAAGUACAAGGCACGUCUCGCGGCAAAGGGCUUUCGCUCGAAGUAUGGAAUCGACUACACGGAGACGUUUUCUCCCGUGGUCAAGCAUGUGACGCUGAGAAUGGUGAUCGCAAUUUCCAAGCAUUUUGGAUGGCCCAUCGACCAGCUUGAUGUGGUGACAGCUUUCCUGUAUGGCGUCAUGAAGGAACAAGUGUUCUGCGUGAUUCCUGAAGGCGUCGAACUUGACAGUACGUUCGACUGCCUGGAAUUGGUGAAGGCAAUUUACGGCCUGAAGCAAGCUUUGCGAGUAUGGAACGAGACGUUCGACGAGUAUACUUCGGACGGCCAUUGCGUGUUCAUACUGGUCUACGUGGACGACGUCUUGGUGACUGGAAGCUCGCUCGAGCUGAUUGCACAAACCAAGAACGACCUGAAGACGCGGUUCGAGAUGAAGGACAGCGGCAAGUGUGCGUUUGUUCUUGGGAUCGAGCCUUUGGACGGUGAAGAUGGCAGUGUGACACUAUGUCAGCGUCGGUAUGUCGAUGAUAUCCUCAAGCGCUUUGGCAUGGAUGAUUGCAAGGCAGUCGCAAGUCCAGUCGACAUGAGCUCUCGACUUGUUUCAAGUGAUGCAACUACCAAGGUCGAUGCUCCUUUUCGCGAAGCUGUUGGUGCGUUGAUGCACCUGACCACUGCAACGCGUCCGGACAUUGCGUUUGCUGUGGGCUAUGUGUCGCGGUUCAUGGAAAAUCCCCAAGAAGAACACUGGGUUGCAGUUAAGCGUAUCUUUCGCUACCUACAAGGCACCAAGACGCAUGGAAUUUGCUACAAGCCAAGUGCAAGGAUCGACUUCCGUGGAUAUUCGGAUGCGGAUUGGGCUGGUGAUCUUACCGACCGCAAGUCAACAUCGGGGUACACGUUCAUGCUACUCGGUGCACCAGUCAGUUGGGGCAGCAAGAAGCAGCCAAGUGUUUCGUUGUCCACGAGUGAAGCCGAAUACAUCGCACUCAGCUUGGCGAUUCAAGAGGGCAAGUGGAUUCAUCGUCUGCUUUGUGAGAUCGUGAUGGCUGCCAAUGAAGAAGGACCGGAACUCAUGAUCCAUGAAGACAAUCAGUCGUGUAUCAAGAUGACGAAGAACCCAGUCAACCACGGCCGUGCCAAGCACAUUGAUAUCAAGUACCAUCACAUCCGUGAUGAGGUCAAGCGCGGUGAAGUGAAGCUCAAGUACUGUGAAACUGCGGUGAUGUUAGCGGACAUCAUGACGAAGGGACUUCACGGGCCACGCCACAAGGAGAUGACGGCGACUCUCUGGAUUCGUGAGCAUUCGGAUUGA